AUGCUGCUGCCCGGCCUGCUCUCGGCCUUCCUGCGCGCGAGGGCCACCUCGCGCCGCGUCGGCGGCGCCGGCGACGGGCACGCAGGGCCGUCCCGGAGAACGCGGACGGUCAUCCCGGCGCUCGCCAACGACUUUCAGUUCCAGGCCCGGUAUUGCCUCGUCCUGGACGGCUACAGCAGCAGCUUCGCCUACUGGGAGGGGGUCGUAUGGCUGCGGCGCGGCCUCCUCCUUCUGGUCGGAGCCUGGCCGAACCUGAGCCGGUCGGCAGAGUUCGUUCUCUACCAGGUUAUUGGCGUCGUCUUCCUGCUCAUCCACAUGUGGACGAAGCCGUUCGACAGUCGCAUGGGAGAGUUCUUGGACCGCGUCGAGCAGAACGGCCUCUGCCUCUUCCUGCUGCUGGUGAGCAGCGUGCAGGUCCUGCUGAUCGCAGAAGGCGAGGGCGCCCUGCUCCCCGUCCUGCUGUGCGCCGCGUCGUUCGCCCUGGCGCUGCUGCUCAGCGAGGUCGGGGGGUCGGAGCAGUGGGUGCUCCUGGCCAGGUUCGAGGACGCGCCGCCGACCGUCGGGUUGCUCGUCUUCUGCUGGGCGUCGGGGCCCGAGGAGCAGAGGGCCGCUUUCUUCGCCGUGCUCCUCGCCGCCGUGGCCCUCUGCGCGCUGUUCGCGCUCUGGGUCGUGCUGGGCGUCCUCGCGCAGCUGCAGAAGGCGCUCUCCGAGCUCUUCGAGCGGCAGCGGAACUUCGAGGCCAAGCAUCUCGAAGGAGAGCCCCGGCCAGAGAGCUGCGGAUGCCUGGGAGCUGGCGAGGAGCAGGUCCAACAACCUGCUCCAGGGCGUGGCGGACGCGGUGCCCGCUCUCCGGGGCGGGCCCCUGGAGCGGGCCAAGACGUGGCUCAUCCGGGAGCACCGGUCGAGGCAGCCCGCGCUCGUGCGCUUCGACACGGGCACCCGGGAGCUGGUGCUCGGGCUGCACCCCGACCGCUACCUAUACGACACGAGCAUGUCGGCGUACGCGCGCAGGCAGCUGUCGAAGCUGGCGCCCUUCCUGUCGGACAUGGAGAGCGCAGGGCCGUGGCCACGAGCCUGCGGGACGGGCUGCUGCACCUCAUCUUCGACUGCGACCAGGUCGUGGUGCACGGGCACCUGCUGGAGUUCCUCGUCCGGGUCGCCUUCGCGCGGCGCUUCGAGGAGAGCUGGUGGCCGCGGGCGGGGCGGUGCGCGCGAGGCGCGCCUCGCGGAGCAGCUGGCGACCCUCCGGCCGGGGGGCGCCGCCGAGCGGCUCCGAGGACUGGCGGGCCCUGGGCGAGCUGCUGGCCGACCCGCGCGUCUUCGAGCGGGGCAUGGCCGCCUACGACUUCCAGUGGAGAGCAUCACCAAGAUCCCGAAGAGCGAGGUCGAGGUCCUGCUCGCGAGGCCUUCGCGCUGGGCCAUGUCGUGACAGCCGGUGGCGGGCAGCCGAGCGCAGAGGCCAGGGGGGGAGCCUCGCGCACCUGCCAGGCAGUGACAAUGUCGCCGCACGCACUUUGGAGUACAGGCUCGCGGCAGGCAGGCCACGCAUGCGGGCAGCAGAUUUCCAGCACGGCAGGUGCAAUCGCCGUCGAGCGUUGGCUUAAGCAAUGCCGAGGGCCUCCUGCACACAAGCCGGCCCCAAACAGAGUGUUUACAAGUGCAGUGGCACAGCACACAUCCCUAUCAGAUCAGACUCUCCUCGCUCGGGUGAUUGUCAUUCCUCCUUCUCCUCCCUCUCCGCCUGCAGCCACAAUUUAAACAUCAGACCAGAUGCUAUUUUGCAGCUGCUUGCGCUGGGCUGGCUGGCUCUUGAGAUCUGCCAUCCCAUCCCAGGCAAUGAAGGCAGCAUCAAUGGUCAGAGGAGGUACUGGGCAGGCAUUCGAGAUCCGCCUGCUCACCCUGGCAGCUUUCGAGCGAGACCUUCGAUGGCAGGAACCCCAGUGGUAGUCCUUCUCCUCCUCCACCCUCCUUCUCCUCCUCCUCCCCCCCUUUUGUAUCGAGUUGCUCAGUUGCACGGCUUUAGUGACCCCCGUGAGGCGGUUAUGUUUUGCCGAGCUGAGAGGCGUCUCGAAGAAGAGGCUCGGCUCCUGGCACGCAGGAGUGAUGAGCCUGAAGAUCCUGAUUACUGAGUCAUCGGGUCGCUGGAUGCGAG